CACACACACACACACACACAGAGCUGAUGUCAGACUCGAGUCAUGUCGACCCUCCUCAGCACCAUGCAUCAGCACCGUCAUCUUGAUGGCUUUUCUACAGAGAUCUAACUGAUGAUGGAUCUAUUCCGCAGAGGAGAGCUGGGGCUGCUGGGAGGAGAGGGGCUGAGAGAUGAUGUGGGUGUUCCUGGGAUCAGCUGGUCGGCUGAUCGGCUGCCAGAGGACAUGUAUCCAGCGUCAGGAUUGGCCCUGGCCGCUGCCUAUCAUGACAUCAAGACCCGGCUGGCGAGUCUGGAGAGGGAGAACAGCAGCAUCAAGAGGAAACUUAAACACUACGAGGUCAAGUUUCCUAUGAUCAGUGAGUUUGGAGAGGAAAGGAUACUGUGCUGUUCCUGUGAGCCCAUCAUCAAGGAUACCAGUGUAAUCCAAUCAGAGACCACCAACCUACAACAGAGGAUCAACUCACUCACUCAGGAGCUCCAGAAGAGUAAGGAAAGAGAGGAGAGGUUGGAGGAAGUCAUCCAGGCUUAUGAGAAGAUUCACUUGGAGAAAAACAAUGUCCAGAGAGACCUAGACAAGAUGACGACUCUGGCAGAGCAGCAUGUGGAGCAGAUAUGCAGUCUGGAGUCAGCUGUCAGACAGAGAGAAACUUCCCUUCAGAAACUCAGUGCUCAACUCCGCAGCAAAGACGCACAUCAUUCUCAACUCCACGCCAGCCUGAAUGUACCCAGAGAGGGCCGCGGUCCGACACUGCAGAGCUCCCAUAGUCUGGACGCCCUGUCCGACCUGAAGCUGCAGCGCCUGGAGGCUGAGCUGGAGGGGGCAAGGCACCAGGCCGAGGGAGCCUGUCAGAGGGAGAAGGAGCUGAGGGUCGAGUUUCAAAGGCUGCAGCAGGAGGUAGCCCAGCUACAGGAAGCACAGAGACAGCCACGGGACCUGUCCACACACUGUGAGCACUGUGACGUAGAGUGGAUAAAGAAAGCUGGGGAUGAACAGGUGAACCUAGCAUUAGCCUACACAGAGCUAACAGAGGAGUUGGGUCGUGUUCGCAAUCUGGCUGUGAAACAGAGUGACCUCCUACGACUUGUCUCACAGGAGCCUGUAUCUCGUCUUACCGCUACUCCUCAGCAUCUCUCCCCAACCUCCUCCCAGCGCCCCUCCCUUUCCCCUGACCGGCUCCUCCCCACCCCCUCUCCUCCUCUGUCCCCAAGCGACGGCCCCGCCUCCUACUCCCAUCAGCCAACCUGCAGCCGUCUACGGGCAAAGUUCCAGGGUCGCCGUAGUUACUCGGAGGUAUCUGACCCGUCAGGUAUCCACAGACCCCGAGCUCGGCUGAUGAGAGAUCCAGUAUCCACCCUCCCCAAACCUAGGCCCCUCCUGGGGGAGAUGCAGGGUUAUGGCCAAACCAAAUCUCAGCUACGUACCUCCUUGGUUGGCCUGGUCAGACCGGCCUCGGCUCACGGAGCUGGAGCGGAGAGAGGAGGAGGUGGGGGAGGAGAGAGGUGUGGUGGUAGCAGUCUGAGCAGCAGUCCACGUCACUGUGCUCUGGACCUGGGCUUCCCUCUGGCUGCUGAGGUACAUCACUUCUGUCGCCUUGAUGACCCGCCUGAGCCCACCCCACUGGUGACACCACCACAGUCCUCUGAUGAUGAAGAGGAUGUAUGUAUGUAUCUAUCGCCGGCUGCCAGCCCGCCUCGGACACUUGGCGCAAUUGGGAUUAGCCCAUCAUCGCCCAGGGAGCAGCCCCUACACCCCUCAUUCCCAUCUCCUAGGAAACAGCCCCGCCAUCCCUCCUUCUCGUCCCCUGAGGGCCCUGCCACCCUGUCCUGCCAUCUGCCUCCCUACACUAACACUGAACAUGCUCAGUCAUGGCCCUCCAUUAACUUAUGGAUGGAGUCAGAAGAGAGUGCUGUUCGUAGCUGUCCUCUGUGUCAGCUGACCUUCCCAACUGGUUACCCUGACGAUGCCCUCAUCAAACACAUCGACUCCCAUUUGGAAAACAGCAAGAUCUGACUUUUUUUAUCAAGUAUUUUACAUCCAUGUCACCAAAGAUGGACACCAGACCCAUCUUGAUGGUUUUCUAUUUAGGUUUUAACCAGGUAUGGUUUGAUGAGCCUGCAUGCUUCUUUCUAUGGAACUUGCCUAACAUCUCUUACAAAGCUCCAUUUCAACAAUUCUGUAUCAAAUGGUGUUUUCUUUCUUUCACAACCAAACUCUUAAUUUGCACAUAGACCUGAUUGCUAAAGAAAUAGCAGAUGUAGAAAGACAACAGUACUGUAUCUCUCAAUACAGAGACAGGAGCUGCUGAAGCUCCAUUGUUAACGUCACAUAUGCUGGUCUGAGAGUAGCCCUGGAUGCAGAAGACGUGCUGGAAACAUCUGCCAGAUGCAAUGUCAGGAGCACCUGUUGUUUACAUGUCCCAACAUGCAACAAACCACCUGGAUGUCACCGCUUUCAUGUUAGUUUGUAGAGGAUCAAAAUGACUAUUUUCAAAAGAUUUCUGGAAUAAAGUAUUGUGAGCUAAAAUGAUUCAAAGG